GAUAGAUUGCAGCAGUUGCGACUUCUCCAACUGGUAUAGAUUUGCCUGCCACAUGCGGACCCGGCAGCUGGUAUUCGGUUUUGAUCGCGGCUCGUCGUUAAUAAUUUGCCUGUUGUUGGCACAGAGUUGCGGCGGGUCUGACGACCUGGACUUUGACAUCACCUUGGCGCUCAACAGAACCAAAGGUAUGGCAAUGAUGGUCGAGUCGAUUCACUCCAGGUGGACAGAAGUGAAGGAAAAAAUUCAGACCGAGGCGUUCUCGUCCUUGGCUCUCGCCAUAGACUCCCUGGACACAAUGGGGGUGCCACCGAGCCAACUUCUGGAUUUGCAGCACCACUCUGCGGAGACGUUUGCGACCUGCGAUGACCUGCUGGACAAGGUGCUGCCGCAACUGAUUAAUUACCGGGUCUUGGUCGGCCGCAUUAACGAGCAUUUGAUCUCGGACGUCGAUGCUGCAGUGAUGCACGACCUGCCCACGCUCAUCAAGAACACGGGCAACCUCAUCGCACUGCUCGACUUGACCCUCAGUGACGUAUUUUGGCGCUACGAUCUGCUUAAAGAGACGAUAAUCGGACUGGCAAGCCUAUUCAGUGACCAGGAGGUGGAAGAAGUCGAGCAAUCGAUCAGACAAAUUUCAGAUUUCAUACGUAAAGCGCUCACCUCGAUCGAUCUCGACAAGUUGGCAUUUGAGAUGCGCUACGUGGACGCAGUGACACGAUUGCAACUCAUCUUCCAGCAAAUACAUCCAUACUUAUGAAGCCAAAAGACUGAA